GGAAAGACAACAAAACAAGAAAUCCAAUCGUCAAAGAAGAACGAGAAAAGAAAAUACACAAAAGAUAGACCACGAUUGCCGGCAUCGAGCCCGACGAGGCGUCGGAGGUGCGACAAAGAUGAGGAAGAAGCUGGGCACCCGGUUCCCCGCGGCACGGAUCAAAAAGAUAAUGCAAGCAGAUGAGGAUGUUGGCAAAAUUGCACUGGCUGUGCCUGUUUUAGUUUCGAGAGCCCUUGAAUUGUUUCUGCAAGAUUUGAUCGACCACUCAUACAAAAUUACUCUUCAAAGUGGUGCAAAGACACUGAAUUCCUUCCACCUAAAGCAAUGUGUGAAGAGGUACAGCUCUUUUGACUUCCUAACUGAGAUUGUCAACAAGGUGCCAGAUCUCGGUGGCGGUGAAUCUUGUGGAGAUGAAAGAGGAUUACCCAGAAGAAGGAAAUUUUCAAAUGGAAGCGACCCAGAGAAUGAGGAGCCCCGAUCUAGCAAAAUGCCCAUAAGAAGCUUGAACACCAGUCCCAGAGGACGAGGCAGAGGUCGAGGAAGAGGGCGAGGGCGGCCUCCAACCAAGAGAAAGGAAAUUGGUUAUGUACAGUUUGAGGAUGAGAGCAGCAUGUUUGCUGAACAAAGUGAACCCUUGCCAGGAGAUGAGAUAGUUCCGGAGACCAACCGUGGCAAUGAGAGUAUUCCCCAAAGCUCACAUCCUCUAGUGGAGGCUCCAUCAGCCAUGACGCCAGCUGUGAUUUCAAAGGUUGAAGAAGCUAGCACCAACCAUCAGCCAGAUUGGCCUAUGCCAGAUGCCAUUGUAGGCAUUGGUGUUGGACCAUCCAGUUUUGGACAUCUGACAGUGCAGGUUGAUGAGGUAGAGGACUACGACAAUGAGGAUUAGGCAUAGUCAUCCUCUCAUUCAUCAUAUGCUCUAACAGGACAGUUCUCCUGGUGUUGUACAUUGUAAAUAUUGUUUCAAGUAGUUACUGCAGCUAUGAUGUGUAACCUAUUUCUUUUUCCCAAUAAUUGGUUCUGAGUUGCCGCAUUGUUGACCUAACUGACUAGGAUGUGCUAAAUUUAACCCUGUAUUUGACGGUUGAAGCAGUGAUAUUCUGUCGUCCUGUUAUAUUGUACA